AUGGCUAGAAUAGACUCAUUAGAAAGCCAACGUCGAUUCCUGUACGAACAAGAGAAGAGUCUGACUCAGCAGCUACAAGCCUCGAAGGAGGCAGACAUAGAGUCCAAGAACUCAUCGAAUGAAAUUAUAAGGAGUCUUCGGGAGGAAAACAUGGAUCUUAAAGAACGGUUUGCACAACUUCGAGAGCAAAGUCGUGCGACAGAAAGUGAGCUCUCACACAAGGUGCGGUCACUGACCUCAUCAUUAGCACAUCAACAACAGACUCUAGCAGAGACCCAGGACAACAGCAACUCUCAUAGUGCUCUGUUGGCAGAGAAGCACAAGCAAUUAGCAGAAGCCUUGGAUAAGAUCAUGGAGCUGGAGGAUCAAAAUAGACAGCUGAAACUCAAUGAGCAAGGACUAGAGGAUAUGGCUCGUAUAGAAAGGGAGCUUAAAAACCAAGUGGCUUAUAUCAAGCAGCUUGAAAGCACUAAUAGGCAGUUGACAGCAGAUUGCAAACACUUCAAAGAGAUGUACAGGAACGUGGAGGUAUUAAAAGAAGAAAAGACAGGGCUCGAGCAAAAACUCAAGAUGCUUGAUGAUCUUCGCGUCAAAUGUGGUAUGCUAGAGGUUAAGAACGAGGUCCUUAUCAAGGAGAAACAGCAAUGGACUGCAUUCCUGGAAAAGCCGGACGCCACGGAUUUCAACUCACCAUACGAUCUUACAAAGACUGUUGCCAGCCUCCGUGGCGAGAAGGCGGCGUUAAUCGAGAUAAAAGGCGAACUUGAGGCUACUGUUAAAUAUCGUGACACUUAUAUUAAAGAGUUGGAAUCACAAGUCGAAAAUUUAAAGAAGGCCCUAGUCGAUCAAGAGGAGGCUUGCAGGAAACAGAGCUCAUUGGCAAGACAACAUGAGAGAAGCAAGAAUCUGGCUCUCCGCCAAGUGGAAAGUCUAAGAGAGCAGUUGAAAUCAUAUGAUACAGAAGAAGCUCAGCUUAUGGGUGGAUCAUACGAUAACCAAAAGAAUGCAAGGAUUCAAGAACUUGAGAAACUUGUUCAGGAAUAUCACGAAAAAUUGGAUAGGGCUAUCAUGUCUUCGAACAGCAAUGAUGAGCCUGAACAACCAUCAGCUAGCCUUCAGUUAUUGCGAGCGAUUCAGAACAGCGACUCUAUAGCAUUUAGUCAAUUGAGCAAGGAGAAACAAACCUUGUUUGAAGCCAAAUUACGACUGGAGCAAGAAAUGGAGAUGUUACGCAAGGAGAACUCUUCCUUGGAUUCGAAGGUGUUAGAGCUUGAGAUGGCCAUUGGAGCUGGAGCUUUCAAUCCUGUAACAUCCCGUAUCCUGGAAAUUAAAGAUAGUCCUGCGUCAAGAUACCAAGCUGUCCGGCAGCAUAUGCUGGAUUCCUUGCGGGAAGAGAAUGCAGCACUUUUAAAGGUCGUGGCAGAGUUCCAGCAACAGCAACAGCAACAGCAACAGCAACAGCAGGCUGGAUUCCAUGUAGAGCAAAACCAAGACGUGACCAUCCCUGAUGAAGGAUUAAUCCCCGCUGCAAGUUACAACCGCCUCAAGGAUGACCACGAGCGCUUAUUGGAAGAAAUGGCAGAAAAGGACAAGCGUUCAAAACGUCUGAAGGAGUCCUGGACAUUGAAGGCGGAUGAGUUCUUGGAGGCUAUGAGAUCUCUACUAGGUUACAAGGUCAAUUUUCUGGACAACGGUCGUGUCGAGCUGAUCUCUGUUUAUAGCAUUGGGAACCAGCAGUCGUUCGUCUUCACUUCGGGUAUUAAUGACGAGGGAACCAUGCAGUUUGCAGGCUCAGGGAGUGAAAAGUUCAUGGAAGAACAUAAAGAGACGUUUGAAUAUUGGGUCAAUCAAUUGGGCAGUAUCCCUGCUUUCUUGAGUCGUAUUACGCUAAAUCUAGUGGAAAAGCAAGCCCAAGAACAUUUACAGUCGCAGAAUUUCCAGACCCGAUCACGAUUUCCGCAUCUUGAUGAUGAAACGCAAAAUUCUGAUAUGAUGGUGGACAUGUAA